AAAGUAACCAGAAAACUCAAAGAAAUCACAACCUCUGAUCAUUACAUAAAAUAUCUACCUGCAGGGAAUGACACACUCUCGCAGUGCAUCAUUCAUACAAUUAUAGCUUCACUAAACCAGAGGAGGGCAUCAUUUUCCUCCACCUCCAACGGGCGUCAUUGGUCUCCAGGCAACAGUCUCCGAGACUUUUCAAUCAAUGUUGGUGGCACGGCGCAGAGCUGGGAACGGGUGCGUGCCUGCUGAUGAGGAGCACGGGCUGUCCACGGACAAGAAACAACAGUAAGCCAAGCCAUGGCACUGUUAAGGAUCUUACAGAAAUCACUCCUUUGGACGGUGUUUAUAAUAUAACGGUGAAUGUGACGUUGCUUUGAGGGGAUAACAGUAUUGUAUGUUCGAGGAGCUUGGGCGGGCAACGGAAGGGUAUCAACUCGGAGAGGACGCAAGGUCUAUAUCAAUUUAAGAAGUGAUCAGAAAGAACAUUGAUUUUUCAUGCAGCUAUGCUCUGCUCGUUGUUUUAGUUUGUUUUUCGUUGUUUGAAGAACUGGGUUAUAUUCCAACGACGGAUAAAAGAGAGACGCCUUUCUGAGUAUUCAUGUAUUCGCUUUCGCAAGAGAGUUGUGUUUCGUCUAAGAAACUGUGGAGAAACAAUUAAGUUCCAUUGACAAGACAACCUACACCAUCGUCUCUACAGAUAUUCACGAAAAUGUUGAAAUUCCACAACUCUGACCUAUGGAUUGCUUGGCUGGUUUUAUUUUGCAUGGAGGUGUGCGUGAGGGCAUUGGAGGUCACGGUCAGUCAGAGCAGCGUCCAGGUGGCCCGGGGCCAGGCGGCCAUCUUGCCCUGCACCUUCACCACCAGCGCCGCCCUCAACAACCUGUACAUCAUCUGGAUGGUCACGCCGCUGUCCAAUGCCAACCAACCCGAGCAGGUGAUCAUUUAUCAGGGUGGCCAGGUGUUUAGUUUAGCCAACCAUAUGAAUGGGAGGGUGGGCUUCGUGGCCACCAUGCCCAGCACAAGUGCCUCAAUCUUCAUCAACAACACACAGCUCUCCGACACGGGCACCUACCAGUGUCUGGUCAACAACCUCCCAGACCGAGGGGGCCGGAACAUCGGGGUCAUCGGCCUCACAGUCUUAGUACCCCCCUCCAUCCCCACCUGUCGGAUCCAGGGCGCGCUGGAUGUGGGCAACGACAUCAUGCUGAUGUGCGGCUCCGAUGAGGGCAUCCCCACACCCACGUACUCCUGGGAGAAGCUGGAGGCUGUGCCGCGGCUCCCUCACACCGCCAUGCAAGACCAAAUGCAGGGGACAGUGACGCUUCGUAACAUCAGCACCAGCACGUCUGGCCUGUACCAGUGCACCGGGUCCAACGCCAUCGGCAAGAGCACCUGCCUCCUUAACGUGCAAGUGGUGGCGCCCCAGCCUCAGAGCGUGGGGCUCAUAGCAGGAACCAUAGCCACAGGAGUGCUGGCCGUGAUCAUCUGCUCUCUGCUGGUGGUGGUCACCCUCUUCUACUGGAAAAACAAGAACAAAUACGAGGAGGACGAGAUCCCCAAUGAGAUCAGGGAGGACGACCUGCCGCCAAAGCGCUCCUCAUCAGUGAAGGCUUUCCACGCCGACGCCUCGUCCUCAGAGAACGACACGCUGACGUCCACCAACACCUACAACAGCCGCUACUGGCACAACCCCAAGCCCAACUACGACACCAACUCUUACACACGCUACAACGGCGACACACGACAGACCUUCAGUACCGCCGCCACAGCCGCCGCCACCGCAGCCACCACCCACGGCCACACCACCGGUGGCGGAGGCCACAGCGCCCCACACACCAUGCAGCAACCGACCCGCGUCGCCUACGCCAACGGCAGCCACACGCUGCCCCCGCCCAAGACUCUGGUGGUGACCACCAACUCAGCGCCGUCCCCGCACGUCAUCACGCGCAGCAACGGCUCGCUGAGCCUGCGGCCUGCCGCCACGGCCACACCCGCCAACGCUGCCGGCCACGGUCAGCACACACACUCCUUCGCCGUGAGCCAGGCCACGCUGGAGCGCAUGGGCGCCGUGCCCGUCAUGGUGCCCGCGCAGAGCCGGGCCGGAUCGCUGGUCUAAACAAACACACAAAAAAACGAAAGAAUGAACAAGCAAACAAACAAAUAAACGAGUAUACAAAGAACAAAUCUUCUCUACUGGAAAACUAUAUAAAUUAAUAAAGAAAUAAACUGGCUUUUAUAUAAUACAGUAUGUCCGAUGCCAACCGCUUUGGUCAACUCCAGAGCAGCACCCAGUGUUUUUAAAACUCAUCCUGCUGUCAGGCUGUUUCGGUUUGAGCUCAUGUCAUUGCUGACCUGCUGGACCAGACUGUGUCCAGCACCUGCAUGCAAACGGAAACCGAUGACAAAGGAAACUAUCCAGGUUUUACCAGAUUUUUUUAGGGAGACAAUUCCACAAUUCCACAGAAGAUAAACAGUACGUUUUAAGUAUUUACAGUCUGUUCAACUUCAUCCCCCGUUACAGUCCUCCCACCGCUAUCCACUCUCAAAGGAGACAUAGGUAGGACAGAUAAUUUAGGACAUAUAUACAGUAUGUCUGGACAUGUGUUUUUAUUAUAAAUAUUAUUAUUGAGACAUCUUGUGAAUGUGCAUGACCAUUUUAUUCAAAACAGCACAACCGGUAAGGAUGAGGACUCUUGCAGCUGUUACCCCCCGGUCCUACCCAGAUGAUAUGAAGGAAGGAGGAAACUGUCUUUGAUAUGAUAUGCUGUCAUUUGCUGUGUGCUGCAACGGUCUUAAUGGAGUGGCUGGAAAUGAAUAGAGUGAGAGGUAGAACAUAGCCUUCAAGUUAGAGAGGUGAGAGACAGAGAGACACAGAGAGCUGAAAGAUAACAGUGAAACAGUGAACGUGAGUCUGUUUACAUCCAUUCGGUCUCGUUCAAAUUUAAGUCUCUCUCUUUCUCUUUUUUUUUUCCUCUUGUUUUGUACUGCAAUCAACGUCCCAAAUCAACUAUCUUUACCAUGUAAAAGUCUUACAUAGAUAAUACUUAACAAUUUGUUGAUUCAUCAAGACUGAUCAGAUAGCUUUAUCCUACCUCUAACAAAUAUACACAAAAUAGUACAUUAAAAAGGUAACACUAUUUAUGGAGUUACAGAAAUGAAAACAAAAGGAAAAAUGUCCUAAUAACCUGAUAUGAGAAACUUUUCGGUAUUUAAACUUGAAACACUGUCUGUGCUGUCUACUUAUGGGUACUGGGUCAGAGUCCAUUAGGACGGUAAUAUACUCUUAUUUUCUUAAACAAACAUCCAACUCACCGCAUUGCUGCUCUGAAAACAAUGUAGAUUUCUUUGGUAUGUCUUGUAUUCUUUAUGAAAAGAUUAUAACUUUUCUGCUUGUUGUUAACAACUAUUAUUUUAUGUUUGUUUGUUUUUUUUUUUUCCGUUUUUUACUGUAAAUAUUGUAACUAUUUGUAGGUUAGAAUGUGAAUUAAAACAUUCUUUUGCCCAAUUGA